CCGCCCGCGUCCUUUAUGAGCGAGGAAAGCCUACCGCGGUUUAAACGUGGAGGAAAGGACACUCAGAAAGGGGGACGCCGCUAUUGUUACUCCUGAGACAUUUAGCAACCCGUCGACAUUUUUUUUGUGUGUUUUGCCCCCAGCAAAGGAAAGGCUGUUCUUUCGGCUGAAAGAAGUGUCGCGUGAAGUCUGCAGUCCAUUGCUUCAAUUUAGCCAGAAACAGCAGCAACUUCAUUGUCAGGGAAUGAAACCGGAUGGGGUUACCAUGGAUACCACAGAUGCCACAGAGCCCAUUGAAGCUGCAGCAGUUGCAGAGCCCUCCAUGCUGCAGGACCAGCCAAUACAGCAAGCUGCAAUGCCACCAGAGCCACCGGAGAAUGAUGUUGCACCUGAGGCUGCUACAAAGACCAAUGGCAAGCCAGAAGGAGCAGACCCAAAAGUCAAAUCACAAGCUGUUGCAUCCAAAAUGCAAGCCGUGACAAAAGUGUCCUCAGGAUCAAAGUCUCAGCCAAGUACUGCUGCUUCAUAUCGCAACGUAAAUAACACUCAUUCGUCUACCAACAAUUCACCAAAGACCACCUCAGGCGAUAAAACUGCAGCAAAAUUGUUAGUGGCAGGGGCUGUGCCCAGAAGACCCGUGGGUGUUGCAGCUGUUUCUUUCACUGUCAUGGACCCAACCAAGGGGGCCAGUAAGAGACACACAGGAGCUGCACCACUGAGGGCUACAUCAAGUGCUGCUGCCACUGCAAUGAACAACACCAAACAAACUACACUCAACAGAAGACCGGCUGCUGAAAAUAAUAGACCAGUCCGAACCAAAAGCUCAGUUACUGUUGGCCGAUCAGCGGGAUGCUCUGCUCCAAAACCAAGCACUACUACUGCAUCCAAAGCUACGGGUGGUGCCAUUCCAAAGACCAAAAGGCCUGCUACAGCCCCGUCAACAUCUCAGGCGGCAGCAUCUGCAUCCAGGCUGGGUAGCACUGUUGCAACCAGACCGACCAACACUGCAAAAACAGCUCCCUCAGGAUCACGCACAGCAUCAUCUACAACCAGGGUGGGAAACAAUGUAGCAUCCAGGCCACUGAACAGUUCUGGCACCAGAACAGCUGCAUCUAGAGUUACCACAGUGCCCUCUACUGGCAGGACCACUGCAACACAGCCUGACCCAUCUGCUGCUGCCAAGAAAGAUGUUGCUCGACCGCCUUCCGCUGCAGCUGCAAAAAGGCCAGCUGCUCUCAUGUCAGCUGCCGCCAAAAAACCUGAAUCCUCCAAACCUACAACCACCGGAAAGCCCACUUCUGCCUCAAAAUGGGUCGCUGUGCCCAAAAAAGCAGAUCCUAAGGUGUGUCAGACUAAAAGUCAACAUGCAAAACCUGGUCCAACAAAGAAUUCUGGUGUUGCUGCUCCCAAGUUUCAAGCAGCCAGCAAACCUCUCCUGGGAAGAACUCCACCUGGCUCUCCUGCCAACAAAUCCACAAAGAGCAGCACCAUGCUGUCAAAACAUGGAAACAAACCCACUCAGGCAGUGUCUCCUUUCCCUGCCGUCAGAAAGACGAAAGCUUCAAACUGUGCUCCUUCUGCACAGGGACAGCAGGGCACUGGUAGAGCGGUACAACCUGCUAGACAAGAACAAAUAAACAUACAUUUUUAUGUAACUUUACCCCAAAAACAAUCCACAGCUGUCCCUCUGCCAGAGGAAGUCCUGCCCCAAGCCUCAGCUGAGGACUCCACACUAGAGGAGCUGCCUCAUGUGACUGCUCAGAGUCAUCCAGCUGCUUCCUCUUCUCCACACAGCCCAGUCACUACAGGCUUGCCUGAAGUCUCUCAGCCUGAGGAACAAUGCAAAAGCAAUGCUCAUUCAUCACAGCAGGAGCAGGUCCCACCCCCUGUGGAGCUUCCAUCACUACCAGAGAUCAGCAGUGAGCCUCUUGAUGUGUUGGCCGACCAAAACCCCACAAUGUCUGAAGCUGUGUCAACGGCUGCAAAAUCAGUCGCUUUGGUGUUAACUCUGAACUAUGAUGAAGAUGAAGAAGAAAAGGAGGCAAGCCAACCUGUUUCUGUGUCUGAAAUGAGCGGCACUACGCAGCCCACAUCGGAUUCACAUCCCGGAUCAGCAGGAGUAGCAGGAGGCUCUACUUGGAAGGCAGGUGGCGCCUUCCUUUCUGAGUUAGACUCUCUGAGCGGCAGCCAACAGGGGGCGUCAGAGUUCAGUGCUCCAGGCGUCUUGGAGGGCACUGAGAGUAUAGACGAUCUUGGAGAUGGUAGCCUUAAAGGAGCCAUAGACAUGGAGGGAGCCUCUGUGAGCUCACCUGACUUGGAAAAGGUUCCUGACAUACCUGUGAAUGACUUUGAGGAGGAUGACGACGAUGAUGACGAUAGAGUGUGCGACAUGGACGUGGGCUCGGAGCGCACGGACGAGCUACAGAGACUCAGGCAUGACAAUGAUGUGGAUGACGAGGAGGAAGAUGAGGACGUGGAGAUGGCAAGCGAGGGGGUAACUGAGAGCGGUCUGGAAAGCUACGGGAACGCCGAUGAAGAUGACUUUGCAGAGGACGAAAGGCUGGACAACUUGAACAGGUUGGCCCCGCUCCCUCCUCCUCCUCAGCUUCCCUCGGCCCCGGGUGCUCAGUGGGACCGACCCAACCCGUUUGCAGAUCCCUGGGAAGAACACGGUCAACUACAGCAGCUCCCUGAAGCAGUUGCCCAGCCUAGCCAUGUGGAAGCUGCAGUCAGCCCUUUGGUAGACCCAUUGCAAGAAGACUCAGAGACGCCAUCCCAAUCUCCAGCUCAGGCCUGGCUUGAAAUAAAUUCUGAUCCUUGUGUUCCUGAAAACCCAGAAGCCCCUACUCAUUCCUCCGACAAGGAUGAGGGCCAUCAGGGUAUUGCGGAGCCCCUGCAGGCUUUGGCUCCACUCCCUGCAGGCAUGGUGAGCAGUGAAAGCGGAUCUCCAGAGGAACCCCAACUUCAAGACACACAGCUCCUGGUGACCUCUCCCCAGCCAGACCUGGUGGAGAGGAGACACCAGCAGAUUAAGGCACAGACCAUGCCAGCAGAUGAAAUUCUACGAGGGGUGGUAACUGCGCUCACUUCCAACCCUUCCUCGUCCUCCGUAACUGAGGAUGAAGCCAGCGACACUGAGGGGGAAGCACUGCUGGACGAUUCCUUAGAGACUCCAGCAGUCUUUCAACAGAACUUAAACUUUGAGAGCCAGCCUAAAGCCCAAUGUUGCCUCUCCACCGUAGAAGAAGCAGAGGAAUCGGAGAUGGCUGGUCUGACUGACGACGUGACCCCGCCUUCAGCUACCUCGCUGGCGUCCUACGGCUUCGACUCUGUGACCACAGCCUCCAACGCCCAGUCCACAGGUGAGAGCUGCAUCAAGAGCCCUGGCAUCUUCUCUCUGGAGGAGCUGCCCGAGGAGUCCAAGGAGCUGUCCCAACCCACCCAGCCCAGCCUCGCGGAACAGCAGUACAUCAAGUGCAGUAAACAGGAAGUGGAGUCCACUGAGGAAGUGCAAAGGUCAGAGGAAGCGCCUGCUCCCUCACCAACUCAGAGCGCUUUGCAGCAGUUGGAAGAAAAGGUGGAAGAUGAGCAUCCUCCCUACUAUUCUAUCUGUGAAAAGACUGACAACUCUUUUGCAGGCCUCACCGCGCCGCCUCAUCGCCGCCAUCACAUGGCACACGCCAGACCUCAUGCCGAAUCUCACGUCGCACCUCCGCGGCUGACCUGCGCCGACCUCCCGCCCAGGAGCGGCGGGCAGCAGGCACUCAGUCCCCAGCUUCGCCGGCUGGAGCAGCACCAGAAGCAGCUGCUGGAGAUGCAGCAGCGCAGGGAGCAGCAGAGCAGACCUCUGGAGGGGGCCGAGCAGGAGAGGAAGAGGAGGGAGGAGGAGGAGCAGAGGAGGAAAAAAGACGAGGCGGAGGAGGAAAUAAAAAGGAACGAGGUGCGUGAAGAGGCAGAGGAGGACGAGGACAUGAAGAGGAGGGAGCUGGAGUUGCAGCUGCAGCAGCAACAAGACGAGCUGAAGCAAAGGCAGCAGAUCAUGCAGUGGCAACAAGAACUGGAGCAGUCGUCUAAAGGUCAGACUGUGGUGUCCCCUUCCUCAGGCCUGUGCACCAUCUACGAAGCUCUGGAGAACAGUGACGACGAUGACAGUGAGGAUGAACUCGCGGAGCUAAAGACAGGCGAGAGAGUGGAUGAGAACACUUGUGACUGUCAAAAAAGGAUGACGCCAAACGGCGACUACUCGUCCCACCCAGACUUACCCCAAACAGUCGGCACCACCUCCCACAACGGAGACCACUCCUCGCCUUGCCCGCCAGACUCCUCAGAGCGCCCGCCCCCCUUGGACCUGGACUGGGGCAAGAAAGUGGACAUCGUGCAGCAGCUGAUCAAUCAGACCUUGUUGCUGAACAGAGACGGCUGCUCCUCCCUGCUGCUGCUGCCAGGGGGCGCCGGAGGCACCCUGAGCCCCUUGGAGAGCAGCCUGUGGCCCAGCCUCCUGCCUCCCAUCACACCACCCUCGGCGACGGUCACCUCUGUGAGUAGUUUCUCCCCAGAAACCGCCGGCAGCUCCCCGCAGGGGGACUGGACUGUGGUGGAGCUGGAGACACAUCACUAGUAUGUGCUUCUCAAGUAUCCAGAAUCCUGGUGCUGUAGAUGUGACGACAAAAUGCUCAUGAAAUCAGUCGACAAACAUGGCUUCAAAUGGAACUUCCACACGCUGAACACAUUGGGUACACCUGCACGACCUAAUGAGGUCCAACAAGCUGCAGCAAAAUUCUGCUCAGCUUUGAUUGACGCUUCAUUUAACAAUACAGGUCGACAAUCUAUGAGACAUAGCAAGUCAUGGAAAUGGUACAUCUGUUCCAGUCAAACGCAUUAUUGGAACAUUUAAGUGCAAAGCAAUGUACAGACGACGUUUGAAGUGACCGCCGCAACUGCCUGUCACAAGUGGAAAAAGAAGUUAACCGCUGUUCAUUCUCAAAAAGUUAAAUGCUAAAGUCUUGAAGGACGAAAGCGCUCAUAGGAAUGUGAUUAAUGUCAUAGAUGCGUCUCACACUUCCAAUUUUUAAUAUUUGUCUUGUCAUAAGUGCAAUUAGUCACUUGUUGACACAUAACCCAAAUCUUACCUUUUGACAAAAGAAUGGGAAGAUGAUUUGUGUCGUUGAUGUGCACACACAAAAAUGUAAUUGCCACUUGUCAUACAAGUGUAAAAAGCCGUCAAGCGCUGUUUUAACACAAUCAUAACUCCGAUUUGAAUUUAAAUGAUGAAAGCACAAAUGGGAAUGUGAUUGGUGACACAAAUGCGCCUCACACACCUCGAAUUGAACACAUUUGUUAAAGUGUAAAAAGAAGUUAACCACUGUUUAUUUUAACGCAGAACAAUAACUUUUCAUGAUGAAUGCGCAAACGGGGAAGUGAUUCAUGUCAUGGAUGUGCUCACGCUUCUCAUUUUGAACAUUUGUCAUGCAAGUGUAAAAAGACGUUAAUCCCUGUGAAUAUGGAAGAAAACCCCGGAGUCUUAUUAAUGGAAUCUCGCGGAAAUUGACACAAUGUGAAUGAAUAGCUGUCAUCAUGAGGAGAAGGAACGUUUGUGUGGGGAAUUAUUUCCUCGGCGGACCGCUCAAUCGUGGCGGAAUCGCAUCACAAACACCAGCCCGUAUUGGAUCUCAUUCAGUGUGCAGGUGUGCAUAAUGCUGUAGUCCGUAAGUGUACAUCUGAAGUCAUACGCACAACACUGUAAAACCAGGUGGACCCAUCCCUUUAUGCCAAAUCUGAGCCAUGGAAACACACAAAUGGAAGUUUGCUGUAACGUUCCAUUGUUGAAGUGGUUCGCCAUCUAUUUGAAGAGAGUAAAUACACUGGAGAUGACAUGACUGAGCUUUUUAUUUUACAUGCAACAUUGCAAGCACCGACUUUUACGUUUCCCCCCUCACCAAAGGUCAGUAUCAUGGUGUGUGUGUGUGUGUGUGUGUGUACGUAUAUAUGUCCAUAUGAUAUGAAGUAUUUCCCAUUGAUACAUUUCAACCAGGCGCUAAUCAGUUUUUAUUUAGUAGCUUAAUUGUGUCCUUAAACAUACUAGGAUAUAUGUUGUUCAAUGCCGCUGAUAGGAGUGAUGAUGUCAUCCACCUGGGAAACCUUAACAUUGCCCUUCCAAUGUGAUGAUGUCAUUGGAAUUCCUUUCUAUUGCCAUACAUUGUGAUUGUUGCCUUCACCACUUAGGUUUGGUUUCCAUGUUUGGAUUAUCUAAUGAUUACUUAACUCUCCUCUGAGUGGUGACCCGUCCAGGCUGUACCCCGUCUCUCGCCCAAUUCAGCUAGGAUAGGCUCCAGCUCACCCUCGACCCUAAUGAGGACAAGUAUUGUAGAAAAUAAAUGGAUAGUUAACUCAUUUAGAACACAUACUGUAGAUAUAGACGGAACCGUCUAUUUAGUUAAUGUUGCACAUUUUUAAUGAAUAAUGCAAGGUGGUGUCUAUCCAGGUGUACAAUUUGGUAUUAUUAAAACGAGUAUUAUUAAAAAGUUUUGUCUUGAAGUUGUAAUUACAAGAAGUCCUAAUACUAGAAGAAAAGUUUUACAUUUAAUUGUACAAGAAGUUGUCAUUUUACACAAAAGUCAUUUUGAAAGGGAAAAAAAAGUGAGAAGUUGAACCUAUAAAGCUGUUAAACCACGGUUCCCAAACUUUUCACCGUCUUGCACCCCUUCAGACAUUUGACUUGAAGCCAUGUACCGCGCCUACUCAUGCUGUUCACAUCAUGAGGUGUUCAAGUGCACUGCGUAACUUGCAGACAGCGUUUUUAAAUUUUUAAUUCACCUAGGGUGUUAAAUAUGUAAUUUUAAAAGAUGUAAUUUAGUGAGAAUGAAAUUGGGAUCACAUAAAAGAAGUACAAAGAAGUCAUAAUAUCCCAAGAAAAAAAAAAAUCAAAAUUUUGGUGUAAUCAAGUUGUAAUAGCCCCCUCUUUUUGUUUGGUUUCUUCAACCAUCUAUCCAGUGCUUUUGCUCCAUUUAAUAUAUGGAAGGUCUGCUGAUCUGUGGAGAAUGUUCGCAUUCAUUCUUAAAAAUGUUUUUUUUUUUAAUGCAAGUAGUAAUACGACUGUUUACUUUAAAAAGAAAAAUGCAAAUUUGUUCACAAACCAUUACAACUUUUUCUUACAAUAUUAUGACUAUGUAAAUUUACAACUUUUUUUCUUCAAAAAAUCUCGACAAAAUCCAACUUGUAAUUUUGGAAUUUCUCGUUUCAUUUGUGGCCCUUUCUAAAAUGAAGCCUGUUGGACUUUGGCAAAGGUUUUAUGAUUCAUCUGUUAUUUGUCAGCUGUGUUUGUUCGUCGGUGUGCUAGUGAAUGUAGUCCUUUUUACAAGUAUGAAGAUGGCCUCAUAUUGGCAAGCGUGAGAUGGGCGCUUCUGUGUGUUCCAUCACAUGUGACCAUUGCAACAAUGUUAGAAGACUAAAUGGGUCACAAAACUAUCAAUGUAUAGUUGUAGUCCACCACACUGUAGCCCUUCUCACAUCCUGUGGAUUUUCAAAUGCCUUUUGGUAGUAGAGGAUGUUUUUAAAUGUGGCUGCUCUACCUAGUGAGUCAGUUCAUACUUACUGUCAUUAAAUCAAUCACAAUUAAAAGAAGCCCCUUGCUGAGCUCUUAAGUACUGUUUUUUUUUUUUUUUUUACUUGUUCCAAAUAACUAGUUUUGUAUCAGCAAUGAUGUGUAGCAGCUUAGAAUCAAGCUUUUCUUUUACUGUAUGUUUGCAUUCCAGCACAUCUGAAUGCAUAUCAGGGCUGGAUUUAUUUAUUUCAUUUAAUUAAAGAAUGGUUACUUUCAUGAAGGGGAAAAUGCGCUUUAAAUUUUUGGUUUGUCUGUAAAUGUUGCUUUCUGUUUUAUAUGAACUGGAAUGAAUGUAGGGUGUUAAUACGGUAUUAUAGGUGCUGUGGGGAAAUUGGCUUUUUUUCCACCUGGAGAGAAUGAAGUUAAUUCAUAAUUAGCAUCUCCCAUUCGGAGUUUGAAUUGAUUGACUGACUGUGAACUGAAGGAUGAUGUGUUGUAAUAUCAAUUGAAUGUUUAAAAAUGACAAGGCAUUGGGCUGCAUGUAUUUGUCAUUAUUCUGAAGGCUGUAAAUCUGUUAUUGUGGGUAAUUGCUUCAACAUGAGG